AUGGAAAAAUCUAGUAUUGAUUUGAAUUGUGAAACGUCAUUGACAUCUGUCUCUGAAACCCAACCUGAACAUAGUGUUGAAGGGUUGGAAAAUGUAGUUCUACACAAUGAAAAUGAAUCAAGCCAUAAAGGUAAAGUCAAAUGGAGCAAGGAGGCAACUAUACUUCUGAUAAGUGGAUGCCUUAAUACAUCUAAGGAUGUCAUUGUGGGGAAUGACCAAACUUUUACAAAUUUAUGGGCUCUGAUCGUAGAAUACUACAACACCAACCAAAAAGGUGAGCAAACAAGAGCAAAAAGGCAAUGCAAAGACUAUUGGAACAAGAUGAAUCAAAAGGUGGAGUGUUUCAAUGGGUGUUAUAAAAGAGUACAACAAACACAUCACAGUGGUUGGUCUGCUGAGCAAAUUCUUGAGAAUUCUUACAUCAAAUACUAUUGGAAAUUGCUAAAUGAUGGGCCGAAAUGGAAUACAAUGUACCAACCAAAAGGUGGUAAGAGAACAAAGGUAUCAGAAUCAGGGGCAUAUACUUCAUCAUUCAAUCCAGACAUCAGUAAUGAUGAAGUACAUGAAGUGCGCCCUACUGGCCAAAAGGCAGCAAAGAGAAAAAAAGACACACAUACUACAUUUAUAGAGAUUAAUGAACGGAAAGCAUCUGCAUUGGAGAAAUUGGUGGCAAUAAGGGAGAAAGAGAUAGAAGAUAAUAGGAUGACAAAAUACAUGGAUUAUCUCGUCAUCAACACGUCGCAUAUGACUCAUGAGCAAAAGAAAGAUCAUGAAAACGUGUGUACCUAUAUUAAGACUAAUAUUCUGAAGUUGUAA